AUGAUCACGUUCGCGGACCUGACGGAACCGGCCGCCGCCGCCGCCGAGCGGUGCGUGGACCGGCAGCUGUGGCUGGCGUGCGCGGGCGGCAUGUGCACCGUGCCACCCGUGGGCGCCAGCGUCUACUACUUCCCGCAGGGCCACGCGGAGCACGCGCUCGGCCUCGCCGGUGCGGCCAACCUCUCCGCGGCGCGUCUCCCGGCGCUGGUCCCCUGCCGCGUCGCCGCAGUGCGCUACAUGGCUGACCCGGACACCGACGAGGUCUUCGCCAGGAUCCGCCUCGUCCCGCUACGCGGCGGGGAGGCGGACGCGGGUGGCCUCGAGGACGAUGCGGCCGCGGCGGACGAGCAGGAGAAGCCGGCCUCGUUCGCCAAGACGCUGACACAGUCCGACGCCAACAACGGCGGCGGGUUCUCCGUGCCGAGGUACUGCGCAGAGACCAUCUUCCCGCGGCUUGACUACGCCGCCGACCCGCCCGUGCAGACCGUCGUCGCCAAGGACGUGCACGGGGCCGCCUGGAAGCUCCGCCACAUCUACCGGGGCACGCCGCGCCGGCACCUGCUCACCACGGGGUGGAGCACGUUCGUCAACCAGAAGAAGCUCGUCGCCGGGGACUCCAUCGUGUUCCUCCGCGGUGACAGCGGGGACCUGCACGUCGGCAUCCGGCGCGCAAAGCGUGGGUUCUGCGGCGCCGGCGGAGGCGGAGGCGAGGAAGCCCCUACGCCCGGGUGGGAUUACUACGCGGGCCUCAUGCGAGGUAAUGUGAGCCCGUGCGCGGCCGCCAAGGCACGGGGCAAGGUGCGACCAGAGGACGUGGCCGAGGCGGCGAGGCUGGCGGCUGCCGGGCAGUCGUUUGAGGCGGUGUACUACCCUCGCGCGAGCACGCCCGAGUUCUGCGUUCGUGCCGCCGCGGUCCGCGCGGCGAUGAGGGUGCAGUGGUCCCCAGGGAUGCGGUUCAAGAUGGCGUUCGAGACGGAGGACUCCUCCCGGAUCAGCUGGUUCAUGGGCACCGUCGCCGGCGUCCAGGUCACCGACCCCAUCCGCUGGCCGCAGUCGCCGUGGCGCCUUCUUCAGGUGACCUGGGACGAGCCGGACCUCCUGCAGAACGUGAAGCGGGUGAGCCCAUGGCUGGUGGAGCUGGUGUCGAGCAUGCCAGCCAUCCACCUCGCCUCCUUCUCGCCGCCGCGCAAGAAGCCCCGGAUCCCGGCGUACCCGGAGUUCCCCUUCGAAGGGCAGCUCCUUAACCCGGCGUUCCCGCCCAACCCACUGUCACACGGGCAGCACCCCCACCCCCACCCCCACCAUUUCCUUCACGCCCACCCACCGUUCUUCCCUUUCCCGGACGGCAGUGCUCCUGCAGCCAUACAGGGAGCCAGGCAUGCGCAAUUCGUUCCAUCUUUAUCAGAUCUCCACCUUACCCACCUGCAGUCGAGCCUGCUGUACCCCGGGCUCCGCCGUCCCGAUCAUGUCGGUCCGACGAUCCCUAUCCCGGCAAGAAUCAGCACCGACCUGACCAUCGGAGGCGCACCGGCGCGCGACGACGACGUCCCGUGCGCUCUGUCCAUCGGCGCCGCCAACAAGCAGACGCCCGACGCCGUCAAGCCGGCGGGGCUAGUGCUCUUCGGACGGACCAUACUAACCGAGCAGCAGAUGAGCCUCAGCAGCUCCGGCGGCGCGAGCGCGAUCUCCCCAGCGGCGACUGGCAACAGCUCUCUGUACCGGAACGCCGAGAAGGGCCCCAAUGCCUCGGAGGGCUCGGGCUCCGGCGUCAUCCAGAACAGCCCGACCAAGAACGCGUCGUCGGAGCGGCUGCCGUGGUUCGGGGACGGCAGCCACAGCCAGCAGCAGGUCUCCGAGCUCGGGCUUGAGCCCGGGCAAUGCAAGGUGUUCAUCGAGUCCGACACGGUCGGCCGCAACCUCGACCUCUCGGCGCUGAGCUCGUUCGACGAGCUCUACGGGCGCCUGUCCGAGAUGUUCGGCAUCGAGGGCGCCGAGCUGUGGAGCCGCGUGCUGUACCGCGGCGGCACCGGUGAAGUGAAACACGCCGGCGACGAGCCCUUCAGCGUAGAGUACCGGCCAAAGGGGCAGCUAGCCGUAGCGGGAGCAGCGACACUGCGCGCAGAUGCAGGUUUUCUCAAUGUGCUGCCGCAGCCGCAGGCCCGCAGGCAGCAGCUGCUGCCGGGAUACCAUCCAUCACUACCCCGUCGCCUCAAGGCUCCAGGCGACUUCUUGUUGCCUAACCUGCCUUUCCUCUGCGUGCUGAUGGCGAGUGAGGUCACCCAAAAGAUCGCGGAGCAUCGUGUCGCGUAUCACGCUGUGCUGGCUUUGCUGGAGGCGUAA